AAAAAAAAAAAAAACAGUUAGAUUAAGGCCAUGGGGGACAUAGAAGGUCACCCCAUCUCUGAUCUUCGCCAUCACAAUUGCUACAAUCGGCUCUUUCCAAUUUGGCUACAACACUGGGGUCAUCAAUGCUCCUGAGAUGAUCGUAAGGGAAUUUAUCAACACUUUGAUGGACAAGGCAAAUACCCCUCCCUCUGAGAUGUUGCGCUUGUCCCUUUGGUGCUUGUCUAUGGCCAUAUUCUCCAUUGGUUGUAUGACUGGCUUCUUUUCUGUUGGACUGUUUGUCAACAGCUUUGACAGGCAUAAUUCAAUGCUUACGGUCAACCUGUUGGCUGUCACUGGUGGCUGCCUUAUGGGAUUGUGUAAAGUAGCUGAGUUGGUUGAAAUACUGAUCCUGGCCUACUUGGUUAUUGGCCUCUUCUGCAGACUCUGCACAGGUUUUGUGCCCACGUACAUCGGAGACAUCUCACCUAUUGCCCUGCAAGGUGUCUUUGGCACUCUCAACCAGCUGGGCAUUGUUAUUGGAAUUCUGGUGGCCCAGAUCUUUGAUCUGGAAUUCAUCCUGGGGUCCGAAGACCUAUGGCCUGUGCUAUUAGGCUUUCCCAUCUCUCCUGCUAUGCUACAAAGUGCAGCCCUUCCUUUUUGUCCUGAAAGUCCCAGAUUCUUGCUCAUUAACAGAAAAGAAGAGGAGAAUGCUAAGGAGAUCCUCCAGUGGUUGUGGGGCACCCAGGAUGUAUCCCAAGACAUCCAGGAGAUGAAAGAUGAGAGUGCAAGGAUGGCACAAGAAAAGCAAGUCACUGUGCUGGAGCUCUUUAGAGUAUCCAGCUACCGACAGCCCAUCAUCAUUUCCAUCAUGCUCCAGCUCUCUCAGCAGCUCUCUGGAAUCAAUACUGUGUUCUAUUACUCAACAGGAAUCUUUAAGGGUACAGGUGUUCAAGAGCCCAUCUGUGUCACCAUUGGUGCGGGUGUGGUUAAUACUGUCUUCACUAUAGUUUCCCUAUUUCUAGUGGAAAGGGAAGUAAGAAGGACUCUACAUAUGAUAGGCCUUGGAGGGAUGGCUUUUUGUUCUAUCCUCAUGACUGUUUGUUUGUUAUUGAAGGAUGAGUGUAAUGGGAUAAGCUUUGUCUGUAUUGGGGCUAUCUUGGUCUUUGUGGUCUUCUUUGAAAUUGGGCCAGACCACAUUCCCUGGUUUAUUGUGGCUGAACUCUUCAGCCAGGGCCCUGGCCCAGCUGUGAUGGCAGUGGCCGGCUGUUUCAACUGGACCUCCAACUUCCUAGUCAGAUUGCUUUUCCCUUCUGCUGCUUACUAUUUAGGAGCCUACGUUUUUAUUAUCUUCACCGACUUCCUCAUUACCUUCUUGAUCUUUACCUUCUUCAAAGUCCCUGAGAUGUGUUACAGGACUUUCGAAGAUAUCACACAGGCCUUUGAGGGGCAGGCACACGAUGCAAAUAGAUCUGGAAGUCCUGCGUCAUGGAGAUGAACAGUAUCCAGCCUGCUAAGGAGACCACCACCAAUGUCUAAAUCAUGCCUCCUUCCACCUCCCUCCCAGCA